AUGGAUCGUAUGAGUACUGAUGGUGAAACGAUUUUUUGGCGCUGUGACAAACGUGCCUCAACUGGUUGCAAGGGCCGCAUUCAUACGACCGCUGGAGAAGAACGCGAAUUUAAAAGAUUAAUCACUGAACACAGUUGCUCGGGAGUUGGUGACGCGGCAAGAGUUAGAGUUCAAAAGGUAAUGAGUGGAAUUCGACAAAGAGGCGCCUCAACAAUGGAAAAACCAUCACAAAUACGCUCAGCAGCAGUGCAAAACUUACCUUUAGCAGUUCUGGGUAUUUGUUAA